ACCGCUGUUGCUCAGAGCUCUCACUCGCACUCUUUGAGCAAGCUCUUAACCAACUGAGCCACUCAGCCGGCCCUUGAACACAUUUUCAGUCUUUACCAUUCCUCCUACCACAAAAUAAUAUUUCACAUGAUUAAUAAUUUAUACUUCAAGUUUUCUCCACUUAACUGCAGUCAUGUGCCACAUAAUGAUGUUUUGGUCAACGAUGGACCACACAUAUGACAGUGGUCUCAUAGAUUAUGGGGCUGAAAAUUCCUAUCACCUAGUGACAUCGUAGCCAUGAUAGUGCUGUAGCACAACAUGUUACACAGAUACUUACCACUGAGUUAUAGUGGCCUACAGUAUUUAGUUCAGUAACACCCUAGGUUUGUAGCCUGGAAGCUGUAGGGGGACAGAAUUUGUCACCCAAAAAUAUGUCCGUUUGGCGUAAGGUUUAUUUUGGACUGGUUAGUUUUGAGAAACAGCAGACAUGGAAGAAGCUCUGAAAACCAGGUAGAAGUUACUCUCUAAAAUACAUUUACAUUUGUAAGGGAAAACUCCGUUUGUAAGGAUGUCUCCUUCCCUGUACUAAAAUAUCUCAGCCAAGCACCGAGAGGGUAGAGGGAAAAUUAUUUUUCUUCCCCUACAGAGAAAUAGGUAUACCAUAUAGCUAGCCUAGGUGUGCAGUAGGCUAUACCACCUUGGUUUGUGUAAUACACUCUGUGAUGCUUGCAUAAUGACAAAAUUGCCUAACAACACAUUUCUCAGAACAUAUCCCUGUUGAUAAGCGGCACAUGACUAUAUAAUUAUAAACUUACAAUAACUUUGUUUAGAUAUAUCACUAGGGAAUUCUCAAUUAUGAGAAGAGAUAACUGAGGCCCUGAGGAAUUAUUUGCCAAGAUUCCAUAGCAAUUUAGAUAUUGUUUUGUUCACCAGUCCAUUCAUUGUUAUUCUCAAUAUAGAAUGCUGCAUCCUACCUGUCUUAUAAACAGGAAGAAGGUGUUAAGUGUUUCCCAUUCUCAUGUUUUCCCCCUCAGUCUGGUAUUUAUUUUAUGUUCUGUCCUUUCACUGAAACUGGUCUCCUGGCAGAAGGGAAUGAGAGUGUAACCCCCAACCCCAGCAGUACCUGGUAUGUAAUUCAGGCGAACUCUGCCCAAGGAAGAUGAAAUUCAUUUGAAUUUUGUGUUUAAUUUUUAAAAUAUUCUAUCUUGUGGAAUAUAUGUGCUUUGAUAUAUAAAUACUAUCUUAAAUUAUUUACUGUUGAAUAAAUUGCAUCUCUAGGAAGUAGAAUUGAAUUAUCCCAGGCCUUUUGACUAAUAAUCCUAGUUGUAUGCAUUGUUUUUCAGUAGGGAUGACAACUCAGAAAUAAACCUGACUAAAGAGAGGACUACUUCCCAAAUGCCAGUUUGGGGAGGAUAACAAAGAUUCUAGUUGGGAAUUGGGCAAUUCUAAUAGUUUAGAAAGAAAUGAGUAUUAGUUUUGUUAUUUGUCUGCCUCCCUCCCAAGCUCGAUCCCUUAGGUUUAAAAGGCUAAAGUUAUCCGUGGACCCAUAUAUUGUCAUGUUCCUGCCCAUUGAGUUGGAUAUAGGCAAGGACAGGCCAGACUAUGUAUGUACAAGUUAGUUCCCGUCUUGGGAAAGUGGGAUGUGGUAGUAAUUCCAUGGAUCUCUUAAAUUUUGGGGACUAAAGCCUAAAUAAAGGUAAAUACAUAUUAAAAUCCCAAGAGUUCUUGCUGCUAUGUGUUUUCCUUAAAGUGAAAAGAAAUUGUGACCUAAAAAUGAGGUGUAUUUUUUUUUAACUUGGAUGUUAUUUUAUUAUAGGGUUGCACCCAAAAUUAUAGAGACAACUGGAGUUCAUUUUCAGGUUUUUUGACAGACUAUGUAUGAGCACUUGGGAGAGCUGCUAACAGUUUUGCUUACCCUGGAUGAAAUUAUUGAUAAUCAUAUUACAUUAAAAGACCACUGGACUAUGUAUAAAAGGUUACUGAAAUCUGUCCAUCACAAUCCUUCAAAAUUUGGAAUUCAGGAAGAAAAACUAAAGCCAUUUGAAAAGUUCUUGCUGAAGCUAGAGGGUCAGUUACUUGAUGGAAUGAUAUUUCAGGCCUGUAUAGAACAGCAGUUUGAUUCUCUCAAUGGGGGAGUAUCUGUGUCAAAAAAUAGCACUUUUGCUGAAGAAUUUGCACAUAGUAUUCGUUCAAUUUUUGCAAAUGUAGAAGCCAGACUUGGGGAGCCUUCUGAAGUUGACCAGAGAGACAAGUAUGUUGGAAUUUGUGGACUUUUCGUACUGCACUUUCAAAUUUUUCGAACUGUUGAUAAAAAGUUUUAUAAGUCUUUAUUGGACAUUUGUAAGAAGGCACCAGCCAUCACUCUAACUGCUAAUAUUAUUUGGUUUCCUGAUAAUUUUUUGAUCCAGAAGAUACCAGCAGCUGCCAAACUUCUAGACAGAAAAAGUCUUCAAGCCAUUAAAAUACACAGAGAUACUUUUCUACAGCAGAAAGCUCAAUCACUUACCAAAGAUGUACAGUCUUACUACGUCUUUGUGAGCUCAUGGAUGAUGAAAAUGGAAUCUAUUUUAUCUAAAGAGCAGAGAAUGGAUAAAUUUGCUGAAGACCUCACCAAUAGAUGUAAUGUUUUUAUACAGGGCUUCUUAUACGCAUAUAGUAUUAGUACCAUUAUUAAAACCACGAUGAAUCUCUACAUGUCCAUGCAAAAGCCAAUGACCAAAACUUCAGUUAAGGCAUUAUGCAGGCUUGUUGAACUUCUCAAGGCAAUAGAGCAUAUGUUCUACAGGAGAAGCAUGGUUGUGGCUGAUUCAGUUUCACAUAUAACACAGUACCUUCAACAUCAAGCUCUUAAUUCUAUUUCUGUGGCCAAGAAAAGAGUAAUUUCUGACAAAAAAUAUAGCGAACAGCGUCUUGAUGUGCUCUCUGCUCUAGUAUUGGCUGAAAACACUCUAAAUGGACCAAGCACAAAACAACGACGACUUAUUAUUUCUUUGGCACUAAGUGUUGGCACACAGUUGAAAACAUUUAAAGAUGAAGAACUCUUUCCACUUCAAGUAGUCAUGAAAAAGCUGGAUCUUAUCAGUGAACUUAGAGAAAGAGUCCAAACACAGUGUGACUGUUGUUUUUUAUACUGGCAUCGAGCUGUGUUCCCAAUUUAUUUAGAUGAUGUAUAUGAAAAUGCUGUUGAUGCAGCCAGAUUACAUUACAUGUUCAGUGCCUUACGUGACUGUGUACCUGCUAUGAUGCAUGCAAGGCAUUUAGAGUCCUACGAAAUACUUCUGGAUUGCUAUGACAAGGAAAUUAUGGAAAUUUUAAAUGAGCAUUUGCUGGACAAGUUGUGCAAAGAGAUAGAGAAGGACCUACGGCUUUCUGUGCACACUCACUUAAAGCUGGAUGAUCGGAACCCUUUCAAAGUUGGCAUGAAAGACCUGGCCCUGUUUUUCUCUCUGAAUCCAAUUCGUUUUUUCAAUCGUUUCAUUGACAUUCGAGCUUAUGUAACUCACUACCUAGACAAGACUUUCUACAAUCUAACAACAGUGGCUCUUCAUGACUGGGCCACUUACAGUGAAAUGAGAAAUCUAGCUACUCAGCGUUAUGGAUUGGUUAUGACAGAGGCACAUCUUCCUAGUCAGACUUUGGAACAGGGCCUGGAUGUUUUGGAAAUUAUGAGAAACAUUCAUAUAUUUGUGUCUCGAUAUCUCUACAAUCUCAAUAAUCAGAUUUUUAUUGAACGGACAAGCAAUAACAAACAUUUGAACACUAUUAAUAUUCGGCAUAUUGCUAAUUCAAUUCGAACACAUGGCACAGGAAUCAUGAAUACAACUGUUAAUUUCACCUACCAGUUUUUGAAAAAGAAGUUCUAUAUAUUUAGCCAGUUUAUGUAUGAUGAACAUAUCAAAUCCAGAUUGAUUAAAGAUAUUCGGUUUUUCAGGGAAAUCAAGGACCAAAAUGAUCAUAAGUAUCCUUUUGAAAGAGCUGAAAAAUUCAAUCGAGGCAUCAGAAAACUUGGAAUAACCCCAGAGGGACAGAGCUACCUUGAUCAGUUCAGGCAGCUCAUCAGCCAAAUUGGUAAUGCUAUGGGCUACAUACGAAUGAUAAGAUCUGGUGGUCUUCAUUGUAGCAGCAAUGCCAUUAGAUUUGUGCCUGAUCUUGAAGAUAUUGUAAAUUUUGAAGAACUAGUAAAAGAAGAAGGUCUUGCAGAAGAAACAUUAAAAGCAGCAAGGCAUUUGGAUUCAGUCCUCAGUGAUCACACACGAAAUUCUGCCGAAGGCACAGAGUAUUUCAAAAUGCUCGUAGAUGUUUUUGCGCCAGAAUUUCGAAGGCCAAAGAAUAUACAUCUCCGAAAUUUCUAUAUCAUUGUUCCCCCUCUGACCCUCAACUUUGUAGAGCAUUCCAUUAGUUGCAAGGAGAAAUUGAAUAAAAAAAAUAAAAUUGGAGCUGCUUUUACUGAUGAUGGCUUUGCCAUGGGUGUGGCUUACAUUCUGAAGCUUUUGGAUCAGUACCAGGAAUUUGACUCGCUUCACUGGUUCCAGUCUGUUAGAGAGAAGUACUUGAAGGAGAUAAGAGCAGUUGCUAAGCAACAGAAUGUGCAGUCUACUAAUCAAGAUGAAAAACUACUACAAACCAUGAAUCUCACUCAGAAGCGACUGGAUGUCUAUCUACAGGAAUUUGAAUUGCUCUAUUUCUCACUAAGUAGUGCAAGAAUUUUCUUCAGAGCUGAUAAGACUGCGGCUGAAGAAAACCAAGAGAAGAAGGAGAAGGAAGAAGAGACUAAAGCAAGCAAUGGAGACCUGUCCGACAGCACUGUUUCUGCAGAUCCUGUUGUCAAAUGAUAUUGAUGGUAUGUGGCGCCCCUGUGAAAUCAUCAGAAUUGUGUCAAUACUGUUGCCAGUGAAAUGGAUGUUAGUAAGCUAAUGAUGGGACACAUCUCUGGGAAGUACUAAGAUGUUGCAAAUCUUUAAGGCAGUGCUCUAAAGUUAAGUCCAUUCUUCCAAAGGCUCUACUUUUCAAAGGUAGAGAAUGAGAUUUUAAAGUUGGAUAUUUGCCUGGACUUUAGGCUAAAAGAUGUGCCUAAGAACAGUUAUUUGAAGUGAAGUUAUAGAAGGGCCAAUCCAUAUUCUUAAACUGCCACCUCAGAUCUCUUGUAAUCUACAUUAAUGUUUAUAAUUUGUAUUUGCAUAGGUCUUUGAUGCAUAUUUGUCCAGUCAUUGGAAAUUCAAUGUAUAUACUAUGUACAGCCAGUAAAUACGUGCUUAAACAAAAGGACUUGAGCCUAAAAUUCAUGAAGCAUACAUAUCAAUAUUCUUAUAAAAGGAAUAUAUGAAGAUGGUUUUGAUACUGGAGGUGAGGCAGUGUGUGUUAUGUACCCUUUAUGUACAGUACAGAUUCAUUGUUACCUUCAUGUGACUCACAAGAGCUGCUGCUGUCCUUGGUGAGACAUUUUAUAACUAGUUUACAUCGCUUUGAGAACAUUUACCCUCCAACAACAGCUUUAAAUUUAAGAUUUACUUAAUACGCAAGAUGAAAGAAAAUUCAGAUAAAGCCAUAGAGUCUACUUGAAGCUUCACUUUUGGUUGAAGGCACUAUGUAUGAUAUCAGAGAAAAACUGAAUGAAUUCCUAUUUCUACAUCCAAACUCAGGUUUCUUCUUCAUAGGUUGAAUUGAAAUCUUGGUGAUGGUUUGGGCAGAUUUUUUCUUUAAACCAAGUAUAAUCUAAGACCUCAGAUUAAGCACUGUGCAGGCUUUUAAAAAAACUACCACUGUGAGAAUAAAGUUCUAAUAAAUUAAAUCAUUUACUGCUUUAAAAAGUAUAGAAAGAUUUUGAGUAAAUUUAGUUCCCAGCAAGCUACUAGCUUUAUUUUUGUAAAGAUUGUCAUUUAAUAGUUCAGUGGUUAAUCAUGGCCUAUAAUCUUUUAAUAUAAUACAAUAGUACUUUUACAAUGAAAACAGGAAAGUUUAAAACUGCAUGUAAUGCCAACAUCAUUUUGGGGAAUACUUGAUUUUCCAUUACACUUGCCUAUUAAGCAUUUCUUUGGGUAAAUCCUGCAAGUAAUUCUGACAUUGUUGUUUGAUUUCCAGCUUUUGGAACAGGUGUACAAUGCCCUGUAUUCAUUGGUUACGGUCAGGGUCAUUUUCCCAGCCCAAGAUAAACGCUUUCACUGUUAAAAGUCAGAAGAAACAGAAUAGGUAGGAAAUUUUUUUUUUUAAUGUAAACAUGACUUAACUGAAUUCUGGACAGUGAAUGAAUUAAAGGCAUUUAAUAUUUGUAAUUCAUAUUAACUGUAGAAAUGGCCCUAAAGCAUGCUGCAUAAUUAAUAAUUUAUAUUUUCAUUAUUGUAAAUGUUUAUAUUAAUGAUCUUGCAUUGAAGUGUAUCAAAUUUGUCACCAUUUCAUAGCAACAGUACUGCUUUUCUGUUUGUCUUCUCUAACUUCCCUAAAAUCAUCUCCUUUAAAAGGGAUAGAAAUUGUAAUUAGAAGAGAAUCAGAUGUCUUUGUUCAUUAUCCCCAUACAUGUCAUUUAUUUUAUCAAUAAUACAUAGAGUUCACAUGCUGACCGUAUGGACACCUAUAAUUGAGAAGCAAGUAACAGAUUAUUUUGCCUUUAGUUCAAAAUAAUAUCACUGCAUCUGGAUAUAGUAAGUUCAUACAUUUGAAAUAAAAUCUCUGAAAAGAUUACGCAUAUUUCAAUGUUAUUGAAGUGCAGAGUAACAAGAGUUUGAGUGACUCACACCUAAGUUAAUACACACAUUUGGAUGAUGGCUAUCCUUGCUAACAUAUUAAUGUUAACAUUUUCAUUUUUUUGAAACAUACUGUAAUUUAAAAUUAGUGUGAGCUUUUGUUGUAAAUCACAGAAAACUUAAUGUUCAAAUUCUCAGGAAUUAAGGACUAACCAUAACAUUGUCAGUUCUAAUUAAAUUUUGUACAAGAUGGCAAGUUUGUUACUCCACUUGAGUAGGGCUUCCCCCUUGCUUAAUUUGAAUAGAAUACAAUAUGUAUAACACAUCAAUAAAUAUUAUUUCAAAAAUGUA